AUGUCAACGCCAUCACUAAAAGAUGGCCGGGCAACAACAGCCCUCGAAAUAGGGCCUGGAAUAUUUCGCUCAAAAGAAUCCAAGCAGUCUGUCCAUCAACGCAAAAUAUCCUUGUCUUCCGCAUGUCCACCUACUGGUGCUCGUUUACCAAAGGCACACUCCAGAUACUUUUAUUGGCCAGAGUUUUUUUCUUUAGACAAAUUGCUAUCACUAUUAUCAACAUCAUCAUCAUCAUCAUCAACAGCAACAACAACAACGCCAACGCCAACUAGAAAUUGGAUACGAAAAUUGGUCAGGACAAGAGCAGUAAGAUAUCUUGGCUGGGCAUAUGUUCUCUUUAGUAUCUGCAUUGCCACCGAUUCAGUCAAUCCACUCACAGCACAACCACAAUCAUCAUCACCGGAUUCAGCAAUAAUAUCCCCGGAUCUAAUCCCACCAGACAACCCAUCUCUACUCAACACACUCUCCCCUCGUCUCCGUCUCUCCAAAAUGCUCAGCAAAUCACUAGUCAAAUCCGAACACAUCCGUCCAUAUUGGUUCUUGUCCGAUGCCACACCUGCCCAAGACGCUCUCACGCUUGCUACUGUCAUGACACUUGACCAGUGGUCUGAUCUUGUACAUAUCGCGAAUCUCUGGCAAGGUCCUAUCUCAGUCACACUCCAGGUUCCCACGGAAGUUGGCCUGAGUCCAAGUGCAAUUGUAGGCCGGCUGCUACGAAUCAAAGACGAGUAUGAAGCCGAGGCUGUUCUCAAAAAGCAUGUCGACAUCCACCUCGUUCUUCGUCCUACGCAGGAAAACCAACCUAGUCUUGGUGGAUUCCAGGAAGCGCGUAACAUUGCCCGCCUAUUCAGUCGAUCCGAGUUUGUUGUACAUGUGCCCAUUAAAACCCAGUGGAUAUCUGAUCUCGCAAAGUCGGUCCAAACCUACGCUUCUUUGCUUCGGGAUGGCGAUCUCUUGGUCGUGCCCACAUUUGCCCAUCCUGCCGUUGCCAAUAUCGAUGACAUUAAUGGCCUCAGUGCUGCCAAUUCUGCUGCUGCUGCUGCUGCUGCUGCCAUCCAGGCUCAUGCUCCUCAGGGAUUCGAUUGGCCGUUUGACAAAGAAACUCUGUUGGACCAGGUAGAGGAAGGUCGAAUCGGGUUGCUCGACUAUCAUUGGGGGCUCAAUGAAGGACCCACGUCGUACGAGGAAUGGCAAGCAGCAGACACGCCCUAUCUUGUGACUGACUAUAGCUAUCACUACGGCCCUGUCUACAUAUCCACUCGCAAAGGACACCCAUGGUGUGAGGAACGGUUUGAAGAUGCUCUUCCGGCUUGUAUCUAUUCAGCCUAUCUUGCAGGAGCAGAUCUGUGGGUACUUCCAAACGACUACAUCUUAAGGACAGGCCAAGAGCCCGAGAAUACUCUUUCAGGAGAAGCACGCAAGAUUCAAUUGCAACUGUACAAAAAUUAUCGCAUUGAGCAGUGUGUCUUUUACGCAAGAAAGUUUGACCAGAGCCAAGAAUUUGGAUCCGAGCGCUCGAGUCACAUAAAGCAAGAGUGCACCAAAGUUAUCGGUAGUCUUAGAAAGCAAGAAAUGAUCAGCAAGAAGCCUUAG